AAAUCCUUUGAUUUGCUCAGUUCAUUGAUCAUCACUGCUUUGUUUUUGCAAUCCAUUGAGUACAAGAAAGGAUUAAAGACGGUAGCGGAGGCGGAGGCGGAGGCGGAGGCGACCACUGGCGGCGAUGGAGGAAACAGGAAGAAUUUUCGAGUCAAAGACGUGAGAGGCAUGAAUUCUUUCACAAAAUUUGCUGGUGUAAGGUCAGGAUGAUGUUGUCGAUCGUUGUUUUGGAUUCUCCAAGGUUUCGAUUGACGGUUAUUUGUGUAUUUAGGCAUUUCAGCGCCGAACGCCGGAGCUACCUUCAGUGAUCAUUGUGUGCACAUGACGUUGUUGUACAAGAAUCUGAGUAGGAGAGUCCUACUUACAUAUGCAGCUAUGAAAAGAAGAAUCACAACAGAUGCCCGCCAGAUUUUAGUGUCUCCACCUCUCAAAUCCAUUGAUUUUCCUGAUAUUUGGACUAGUUCCAGCUUUCCUGAUUAUUCUUUCAUCACAACAUCGUAUGGGACAUCACCAUUUCGCUUCAACCCUCCUCACAUGUCAUCUCCUUUUUCCCCAGUUCAAAUCCACCUAGUUAUUGUGUUCAUUGAAUACUUUCUUAUCUGGGUGUGCUUGGUAUCUGAUGAUCUAACGUUACUUGCAGAUACCCCACAGACUGCAACAGUAAUUGAUGGUAGGGCGAUCGCUGAGGAAAUUACAUCAGGAAUAACUAGUGAGGUGAGGAGGAUGAAGAACUCUAUUGGAAACGUUCCUGGCUUGGCUGUAAUCUUGGUCGGCCAAGGCAGGGACUCGCAGACUUAUGUUCGCAAGAAACUGGGUGCAUGUGAAGAAGCUGGAAUCCAGUCGAAGAUUUCUACUUUGCCUGAAAACUGUACAGAAGAUCAAGUUCUGAAUGCUUUGUCAUGUUUUCGUGAAGAUCCAUCUAUUCAUGGUAUACUUGUGCAGCUUCCUCUACCGCAACAUUUGGAUGAGGAGAAAAUCCUGAACUCUGUGCACCUAGAAAAAGAUGUCGACGGCUUCCAUCCAAUUAACAUGGGGAAUCUUGCUAUGGGGGGUAGAGAACCACUUUUCUUACCCUGCACACCCAAAGGCUGCAUCGAGUUGUUGAUCAGAUCGGGUGUAGAAAUCUCGGGGAAGAAGGCCGUGGUGAUUGGAAGAAGUAACAUUGUUGGAUUGCCCACGUCCUUGCUAUUGCAGAGGCACCAUGCUAUUGUCAGCGUUGUGCAUGCAUUUACUAGGAAUCCUGAACAGAUUACUCGCGAAGCUGACAUAGUGAUUGCUGCUGCUGGUGUUCCUAAUCUGGUUCGUGGUAGUUGGCUCAAACCUGGCGCAGUAGUUCUUGACGUGGGGACGAACCUAGUUGAGGAUCCUAGCUGUGAGUAUGGGCAUCGACUGAUUGGAGAUGUUUGCUAUGAAGAAGCAUCAAGGGUAGCUUCUGCUAUUACACCCGUUCCGGGCGGGGUUGGACCGGUACUAUGCUCUUACUCAACACACUAGAAUGAGUCAAACGAGUUCAUAACAUUCCCUAACUAUUUUGACAUGACGCAGUCGACCUUAUAACGCAAAACCUAUAGCACGGCGAGAAAUCGACAUGUCAAGCUUGUUAUCAAGAGCAAAUCAUCUAAACUAGAUUUUAUUGUGAGAACAGAAAUGUACAAGAAAUUAGCCUUAUUUCUACCGUAAACAGAUGGACAAAACAGAGUGUAGUUUUGUUUGUUUUAGAGUGAUUUAAGGUAAGGAGUUGAAUGUUGUUGAACAGGAAGCGAUGUUGCUCUUCUCCAUAGGAGGGUAUGAAGCAUAAUCGAAUAAGGGUAGCAAAAGGAUUGAUACCACUCGAUGUAUCAUCGUUGUCGAACCUUUUAUCAUUGCUAACAAUUGUUUAUACAAGCAAACAGAUCUCUAAGCAAGAGAUUUUGUUCGGGCCC